GUUGCAACUUGCCGUGCCUAGACAGGCUAACCUUGCCCAAUACACACGUCAAUGUCGUCCACGUUGUUUUUCCGAUGAUCUUUCCAGGACAAGAUCGUUUGUCACCUCACGCCAUUGUCGGCGGCCGCCUCCAUGGGGUCGUAUCAUGGGGUCGCAGGUGUGCGCAGUCCAUGGUUCAACCCAUUCGUCUGGUCGCAGUAACCCAGCAGUUAUUGUGUGACAACAAGUGACAACUUGGAGAAUCUCAACCCCGGAUUCUAGUCUUCGCAGGCGCCCAAACUCGUGUUGCGCCUGUUCCAACCGGCCUUCUUGCU